AUGGCAAGACGCGAACCGUGGUUUCAACUGACGGUAGAAUGCGACGUAACUCUCCCUCCUGUCCAGGGUCUUCACUUUUCCCAAACCGGAUUUCUUCUUCAAAUCCGUAAGUUCCUUGAGGACUAUAAUGGCAAUGUUCGGGAGGAUGAUCGGGAGGAGGAAUUCCAGGAAGAAUUGGUUUUGCCAGAAUUUGUUUUUGGCUCCAAUCGGCACCGCAACUAUGUAGCUCACCGUUUACGUGAAGCUGGAUGGCGUACCGAUCAGCGCGGCCUUGAAAGGAUAUUGGACGUAGUUUUCUCCGAUGCGAAGCUGCUUUUAGAAAAAGAGAAGCAGAAGAAACAAAAGAAGAACAAUUCUGAAUUUGGCGGCAUCCCCACAAUAAUAUUACGCGUCAAGAAGAUGGUGAGGUGGGAAGAUGAGUUAGAGGCUCUGGCACUGGAGUUGUCAAUGCAAGAAACUCCUAAGCCAGUUCCUGCGAAGAAGGAUUCCGUCAAGGCUUUGCGAAAAGUGAAGCUUCAACCUGAGGCUGAUGGUCUUGGUGCUUCUACUGAAGAGUGCAUGAUUUGUAUGGAGCAACUCUCGCCUGGAACAGAGGUCACUUGUAUGCCUUGUUCGCAUCUCUUCCAUGGAGACUGUAUUGAGAAGUGGCUGAAUACCAGUCAUCGAUGCCCAUUGUGCCGCUUUCCGAUGCCAGCUAGUCCGUAA